CACAUCAAUUUCCAUUUGCUUCUUUUCUGAUCAUAAUCAUCUUUUUCUCCUUCUCUAUCAAAUUAGCAAAAAACUUGCAUAAUAUAAUUAAUUGCAAAAAAAAUCUUGCUAUUAAUUAUAUUUAUAUUAUAUAAUGGCCUUCCGAGAACAUCACGUUCUUCCUGCCUUUCUUUUCCUCUCCAUGCUUGUCAGUGCAACAACGACCAAAGCAAACCUAUCUUCUACAUUUUAUGACAAAACCUGUCCUAAAGCUUUAAGUACUAUCCGAACUUCCAUUAGAGCUGGAAUUUCCCGUGAACGUCGAAAGGCGGCUUCUCUCAUUCGCCUUCAUUUCCACGAUUGCUUCGUCAAGGGUUGUGAUGGAUCAAUUUUACUUAAUGAUACUGCUAAUAACGAAAGGGAUGUAAUUUUCAAUAAGAAUUCAGCAAGAGGUUACGAACUCAUAGACAAUGCGAAAACAGAGGUCGAAAAAAUAUGCCCCGGUGUCGUAUCUUGUGCUGAUAUUCUAGCAGUCGCAGCUCGUGACUCAUCGGUUGCAGUGAGUGGUCCAUCUAGAACCACAACACCAUCAUGGAUGGUGAAGCUUGGAAGAAGAGAUUCAACAACACCAUAUCCAGAUGUUGCAUUGUCUGAUCUUCCUCGUUUCACCGAAAGCCUUCCGGAACUUAUAGCUAGAUUCGAACACAAAGGCCUAAGUGAAAGGGACAUGGUUGCCUUGUCAGGUUCGCAUUCAAUCGGACAAGCUCAAUGCUUCACAUUCCGGGACAGAAUUUAUAAUGGCGGCGACAUUGAUGCUGGCUUCGCUAGCACUCGAAGACGCGGUUGUCCGGUUAGCUCAGGUGAUUCAAAGUUGGCACCACUUGAGUUGGUGACACCAAAUCAAUUGGACAAUAAUUACUUCAAGAACUUGCUUCAGAAGAAAGGUCUUCUUCAAUCUGAUCAGGUUCUAUUCAGUGGAGGAUCAACGGACAGCAUUGUAUCUGAAUAUAGUAGGAACCCUUCAAAAUUUCUGUCUGACUUUGCAUCUGCCAUGGUUAAAAUGGGAGAUAUUGAACCUCUUACUGGUUCUGCUGGACAGAUAAGGAGGAUUUGUCAUGCUGUCAACUAAAAAUUUGGAGCCUAUAGCUAGCUACUAUAUUGGACUUGUCAAAUGUAUAUGCUGCCUUUAAAUUCUGUCUUUGAUUUGUAUUCAAAUUAAAAAGAAAAAAUUAUUAAAUUUUUAAUAAGUAGACACUUAUAGUUAUUUGUAUUUUUCAUUUCCAUCAAUUGUAAGCGAUUAUGAGAUUAAUUAACGUUAAUUUUCUUUACUUUGUUAA